UAUAUAUAGAUAGAUAUACAUAGUAUAUAUGUGUAUAUUGUGUGUACUAUAUAUGUGUAUGCUAUAAUAUACAUAAAGAAAAUUUAUAUAUUCAGUUUAUAUAUCCAAUCAAUUUCUAUAUUCGCUGAUUGACUGACAUUUAGAUUGUUCCAAUGUCUUGGCUACUCAGAAACAGAAAGUAGAAUGUUGCUUGUCAGGGCCUGAGGGCUGGGAAAAGGGCAGGUGUUGGUCAAAAGGUACAAACUUUGAGUUAUGAAUGAGCAAUGUUCUAGGUCAACUAUAUCUCAUAAAGCUGGGAAAAAUCAUUAGCAGACUGACGAAAUCAUUAGCAUAUUUGAUGUGUGAGCACAUUCUGUCCCUGUUAAUCUCACUGGAACAGGCCUAAUACCAAAAACCAGGGAAUCUCCUGCGGAAAUAGCCCCCUUUGUUCAUCUGGUUCUCUCCGCUCCCCCUCUCCUCACUAUACUUCCCUCCAGCGCAAUGAAUGCACGAAUGUACAGUGACACGAGAGCAGCAAUAGCCCUUUCUUCAAACCAACUCCCAUGUGGAUGCGUCAAAUCCGUGUAUGAUCCAGAAAAGGCUUGAAGUUUUGAAGGGGCAAACUGUAUUUUUGAUACCAAGGUAAAUGAAGAGAAGUCUCUACUAAACGUAUGCACAUCCUUUGGUCUGCGGCAGUCAAGGUACCUAAGUGAGGUGGCCAUCAGACUGAGGAGGCGCUUAGGCUUUCUAGCCUCCAUGAGCAAACCAACACGUAAGCCAGCGUCACCUGUAAAUGCGUUUAUAUCCAAAAUAACAAAAUUUAAGAACUCCCAAUCACAAAGAGCCGACUGGGCUUUCCCAAAUGCGGCACUGGCGAGAGCUACAGCCCAUCCAGUCACGUGCUUGCCUCGCCUCAGGCUUUGCUCUGGCAAAGUCUUGCCCCGGCUUCUGCCACUGCAGCACUCCCAACCAUUUUCAGGUGGGCACAACCCCACAUAAGCUGAUGUUGCUCAAAUAAACUCCUAAAAAUUUUAAUGUGCCUCAGUUUAUCUUCUAACCACAUUAAAGGAAGGUAUUCUUCUCUCAUUCCAAGAGAGAACAACCUACAGAACUGACGGAAUUCAUUUUUUCUGACAUCUAGAGUCCCUUCCUGAUAUGACUCCCAGGAGGCUCCUACCUCGUCUUAAGUACUAAGUUACGUGGUACUUUCAUUCUACAGGUGCUGCGACCUUCUUGGGUUCCCCUCUUCCCCUCUUUCUUGUAGGAGGAAACUGCUUCCCUAGCUGAGUCCUACAGAUACUGGGUGUAGAUACAGGAUGUAUCUUACGGUCCCCCCUUCAAGGUGCUUGAAUAUUUUAGAAGCUUGGAGAUCCUGACUCCAUGGUUCCAUCUCUUACUGUCUGUGUGAGCUGGAACAAGCCCCUUAACCUCUCCAAGCUUCAGUUCCCUCAGGAGUGGGGGGUUAAGAGCGGUGCUCACUCAUAGGUUUCUUCUGAGGGUAAGUGGAUUAGCAGCCACAAAUGUUUUGGAAGAGUGCCUGUACUAACAUCACGCAAUAAACACUCAGUGUCCGUGCUUGCAAUAAUUGGCAGAGAAAUGCUUUACGUUGCUGUUAUUGCUCCGUUAUGUAACUUAUUUCCAGCGCACACAAACUCUCACUUCAGGGAAGUCCAGACUCUUAUAAUAUUUUUGGUUCUGAUCUACGUUUCACAGACACAAACUGGGGCUUAUCAACCCGUGCUUCUCCAAGGGCCAGGACACACGCCUGUCCUGUCCCAGAACAGAGCAGUUUGUUUUUGUCCACUUUGAUUUCAGCUCAUUUCCAGGUUACAGAGGGAACGAGGGCUUCAGCUCAGUGGCAAAUUAUAUGCACAACCUACACUGUGUUCUACCAGGACAGACCCGGCGAGAGAAAGGCUGGGCUCUUGACGCUGCUUCCUGAAGACCCCCUUUUCUCCCGGAAGAGCAGCGGGCACGCCGACACCAUGGAGAGGAGGAACCAGAGUCGGGGAGUGAGUGAGUUUGUGCUGCUGGGCUUCCCAGCUGCUGGGCCGCUGCGGGCCCUGUUAUUUGCCCUUUCUCUGCUGGCCUAUGUGCUGGUGGUGACUGAGAACACACUCAUCAUUACGGCAAUCAGGAACCACCCCGCCCUCCACAAACCCAUGUACUUCUUUCUGGCUAACAUGUCCUUCCUAGAGAUGUGGUAUGUUACCGUCACUAUUCCCAAGAUGCUAGCUGGCUUUGCUGGGUCCAGACGGGACCAGGGACAGCUAAUCUCCUUUGAGGGCUGCAUGACACAGCUCUACUUCUUCCUGGGCCUGGGCUGCACUGAGUGUGUCCUCCUUGCAGCUAUGGCUUAUGAUCGCUACGUGGCCAUCUGUCACCCUCUCCACUACCCCGUCAUUGUCAGCGGACGGCUGUGUGUGCAGCUGGCAGCUGGCUCCUGGGCUGGAGGCUUUGGUAUCUCCAUGGUCAAAGUUUUUCUCAUUUCUCGCCUCUCUUACUGUGGCCCCAACAUCAUCAACCACUUUUUCUGUGAUGUCUCCCCACUGCUCAACCUUUCAUGCACAGACAUGUCCACGGCGGAGCUUACAGACUUUGUCCUGGCUAUUUUCAUCUUGCUGGGGCCACUCUCUGUCACUGGAGCCUCCUACAUGGCCAUCGCUGGCGCUGUGAUGCGCAUUCCCUCCGCUGCUGGGCGCCAUAAAGCCUUUUCCACCUGUGCCUCUCACCUCACUGUGGUGGUCAUCUUCUAUGCAGCCAGUACCUUCAUCUACGCCCGGCCAAAGGCACUCUCAGCUUUUGACACCAACAAGCUGGUGUCUGUACUCUACGCUGUCAUCGUACCCCUGCUCAACCCCAUCAUUUACUGCUUGCGCAACCAAGAGGUAAAGAGAGCCUUACGCCGUACUCUGCACCUGUACCAGGGCCAUGAUGCUAAACCCGGGAAAGUGAGCAGAGUUGGGUAGAAGGGAGGUGUUAAAUCUUAGAAAAUGCUCUUACACUUAGGGUCUACAUCUUUUAUGAAGUCCAGAGGAUCUCUUAGAGCCUAAAUUAAGGACUAGGGUUUCAAAGACACCACCAAAGAACCAGUUCAGUAUGAGGAAGAGGGGCGGAUUACAAGCUAGAAGCUGGAUUUCAAGACAAGGUCGGAACAUGUAGGUUAGCAGCUGAUUCCAUGUUGUCCACUCUAUUGUCAUUUACAUGGAGCAGGCUCAUGAACCCUCCUUCCUGGUGGGGUGGAAGGGAGUGCCUAUGAGCACAAGACAUGACAACCCCAGGAUUCAAACCAAUGAAAAUACAGAAUUAGCAUGUCCUUAAAUGGCUCUUCCUGGGUUUGGUUCCUGGAUUUUAGUUCUGAGGCAAAAGGUAUAAAUAGGGGAAGUGGAAGAAAGAAACCAUUCAAGGAAUCACAGGCUUCCUUGUGGAAAAGCAUCAGGAGACCUCUGGAUGAUAUCUCUUCCAGCCAGAGGACACCAACCUUAGCCUAUGUGAGGCAGUGGGGCCCCAGGUGAUUAUUCUAAUAAAAAUUACAAGGAAAAGAGUUAGGAAACUGGUGUGUGUGUGUGUGUGUGUGUGUGUGUGUGUGUGUGUGUGUGUGGCAAUGUAUCACCUCCCGGGUUACAGGGGUUUCUUGCUUCAUUUCCUGACUGACCAAGGUCAGUGCGCACAAUGAACUAGUGGCUGGGGUGCAUCGUUAAUUUAAUCUUUAUUCUUCCUAAUUAGAUCACAUUUACUGGUUCAUCAUUUUAUUACCAUGGCCCAGAAGAGUAUCUAGCACACAGUACUAUAGAGAUGUAUUUUAAUGAAUAUAAUUUGGAGCCAUGUAGGCAAGGCAUUUGUGUCAAACCAGUAGGUAUGACUGGCAAUUUCAGGGAUUAAACCCCUCAUAUUUUGCCAGGGUACAAGGAGGUACCAAAUGGCUCAGCCUUGCUAAAAGGAAAUUUGGCAAUAUGUAUCACUAAUACUAAAAAUAUUGAAAACAUUCUAAGACAUAUUUUUGAAGGUAGAAAUUUUUGUUUAUGAUAACAAAAACAUGGAAAUACACUAAAUUUCCACAGAGGACUGGUCGAAUAAUUUACAGUUUAUAUGUUCAAUGGAAUACCAUGCAGACAUUAAAAUAACAUGAUCUAAAUAGAGCUAAUAACAGAAAAAUAUUUCUAAUACAAUAAAUGAAAAUAUUAGGCUAUGGAAUAGUAUCAAAAGUACCAGUCUUAUUUGUUAGUUCAUUUGUUUAAAUAAGACUAGAAGGAAUUCGACUAAAAUACUAGCAGUAACGACGCAUCGAACGCUUUGCUCUUAUAAACUGCACACUGUGGCAAAGGCAUCGGUACAAACAUAUUUAUUUAAAUUCAUAUUGCUUACCCAGUAAAAUACACACUUUAUUCACAUGGUUGGAGAGAUGGUUAGAGGGUAUGCCAGUAUGAUUUUUGGAAAUUCAGCUCCCUACAAUCCUCCAAGACCCAGAACAAGGCUCCAUCAAGCUUCUCUCUGCAGAUCUGGGAGGCCUGUCUUCUAUAGUUCUCUGUAGCUUAAUAAAGUGUAUGAAAGGCUACAAUCUAUAAAAAUAUUGAAUAGUGAUGCUCUACACCUGAAACUAAUAUAUUGUAACAACAGUAAUUCAAUUUUUUAAAGAGAAAAUGAGAGUCUUCUAGCUAAGAUAUCAGGCAUUAUUAGCUAAUCCCCACGUAUUAAAAAUUCUCAUAUAAUAUUCACAACUAUUUGUGCCAAAACAGUUAUGGUACCUUAUAAAUAUCUUGUUACUAUAAUGUAUAAAUGACUGGACACACAGUUCAUCAAAAAUCUAUCACCCGGAGUUCCCGUUGUGGCUCAGUGGUUAAUGAAGCUGACUAGGAACCAUAAGGUUGCGGGUUUGAUCCCUGGCCUCGCUCAGGGGUUA